AGCAGCGCGUGGAGCAUACUUUGUGUCCCAUUGCUUGAAAUUUAGCACACUUCUUACCGGAUCCACGAUACUACCAUAACCAAAUCUAUCUUUGAAUAACUAGCUCUUACAGGCAUGAAAUGUAAUACAUGAAUGACCUCGACAAGAAGAGGACAACUGCCGUAUCAGCUCAGCACACCCCACGGAGUACGCCCGACGAACUCAUCACACGCUUCAUGUACACCGACCACUCAAUCACACGGCCCGAGUUUGACGAAGAAGCUCGGCAGGACAGGUACAAUGAUUCAGACCGGCCCGAGUAACACAUACUUCUGUACCAUGGUGUUGUCAUGGUUCUUGGAUAAAUCGCAGAGCAAUCAACCUAUCAAGCCUUGCGCAAUUUGCGGAAUUCCAGCCGCUUCUCAACGAACCAACUUAGACGCAAGCGAAGUAUUCGGCGUUCAUCGUCCCUACUACUCCAUAUUGAUAUCGUCGCACCGAGCCGCCAUCACGAUCACGCACUCCAGCUGCUGUAGCACAUUCAAGCUUAAUCAACCCCAACCCAACCUAGCCGGACAUGACCCCGAUUAGGAGGGAAAAGAACAGUCCAUGUUCCAGAAGCCAACAGUACUAGUAAUGCAGACUUGAUAAGAAAGAAAGACAGUUUGUAUGUCAGGUCACCGCAUCGGCGCGCCUCUACUCAGCAAAG